AUGCAAGCUCAGCACAUAAACGUGCACGGACUUGAAGAUCGCAACACAUAUCUGGUGUUUGAUGGACAUAAUGAGGCGGAAUUCGGAAUGUCAUGGUGUGCUGGAUUUGGAGGAUCUUUCUACAAUGCCUAUUUUGAGGUCAUGCCCAAGCAACCUGGCUUUGAGAAGAGGAGAGAUCUUUAUAUGCUAUACCAUUACUUGAAUCACUACAAUCUAUUUGGUUCUGGCUACCGUUCAUCUGCCAUGUCCAUAAUCGACGAUUAUCUGUGGAUGUUGAAGGCUUAG